CGCCCGCCCGGCAGCCAGAAAGGACGAGCGAGAGAAGGAAGGAAGGAAGAGAGAGAGGAAGGAAGGAGCGUCGAGGCGCCUGCUGGGCCUAGACGGGAAGGAGGCGGAUCCACAGCGGCGGGAUCUCGGCGACGGCGCUUGGCAGGCCCUCCUCCUCCUCCCUCUCUCUCUCUGUCUUCGGGAAGGGAGACAAAGGCCUCGCGAUGCCGCGGCUGAGGGAGAGGCGAGGCGGCGCGGCCUGGCGCGGGUAAUCGAGGCCUGGUCUUGGCGCAGAGCAAGGCCGCGGCGCCGGCUUUUCCUUGUUUUCCUUUUUUUCUUUUUGAGAAACUGCAAGUCGCUUCUGGUGUGAGAGAAUUGGCCGCCUGCAAGGACGUUACCCAAGGGAUUUGAUGCUUUUAUCCUCCUUGUGGGAGGCUUCUCUCAUAUCCCCGCAUGAGGAGCUGGAGCUGAUAGAGGGAGCUCACCCACCUCUCCCCGGAUUUGAACCUGCGACCUGACAGUCUUCAGUCCUGCCGGCACAGGGGUUGAACCCACUGCGCCACCGUGGGCUCCUGCUUCUCUCAUAUCCCCGCAUGAGGAGCUGGAGCUGAGAGAGGGAGCUCAUCCGCCUCUCCCCGGAUUUGAACCUGCAACCUGUCGUCUUCAGGCCUGCCGGCACAGGGGUUGAACCCACUGCGCCACCAGGGGCUCCUGCUUCUCUCAUAUCCCCGCAUGAGGGGCUGGAGCUGAUAAAGGGAGCUCACCCGCCUCUCCCCGGAUUUGAACCUGCAACCUGUCGUCUUCAGUCCUGCCAGCACAGGGGUUUAACCCACUGCGCCACCGGGGGCUCCUGCUUCUCUCAUAUCCCCGCAUGAGAAGUUGGAGCUGAUAGAGGGAGCUCAUCCGCCUCUCCCCGGAUUUGAACCUGCUACCUGACAGUCUUCAAUCCUGUCAGCACAGGGGUUGAACCCACUCCGGCAGAGCCAGAGCGUGAGGAUGUGAGGCCUGGGCCCAAGCGGAAGCCCAAGCGGAAGCGGCUCCUGCUCUUCCUCCCGGGCCGGGGAUGGAGGCGCACGUCGCGUGCCUGUUCCCGGAGCUGCUGGCCAUGAUCUUCAGCUACCUGGAGGUGCGCGACAAGGGCCGGGCGGCGCAGGUGUGCGUGGCCUGGCGGGACGCGGCCUACCACCGCUCGGUGUGGCGCGGCGUGGAAGCCAAGCUGCACCUGCGGCGGGCCAACCCCUCGCUCUUCCCCAGCCUGGCGGCGCGCGGCAUCCGGCGGGUCCAGAUCCUCUCCCUGCGCCGCUCGCUCAGCUACGUGAUCCAAGGCAUGGCCGAGAUCGAGAGCCUCAACCUCAGCGGGUGCUACAACCUCACCGACAACGGGCUCGGGCACGCCUUCGUGGCGGAGAUCGGCUCGCUGCGGGCGCUCAACCUCAGCCUCUGCAAGCAGAUCACCGACAGCAGCUUGGGCCGCAUCGCGCAGUACCUGAAGGGCCUGGAGUCACUAGAGCUCGGCGGGUGCAGCAACAUCACCAACACGGGCCUACUACUAGUGGCCUGGGGCCUUCCGCGACUCAAGAGCCUCAACCUACGCUCCUGCCGGCACCUCUCGGACGUGGGCAUCGGGCACCUCGCUGGCAUGACGCGCUCCGCCGCUGAGGGCUGCUUAGGCCUGGAGCAGCUCACCUUGCAGGACUGCCAGAAACUUAGCGACCUCUCGCUCAAGCACCUGGCCCGCGGCUUGGCGCGCCUGCGCCAGCUCAACCUCAGCUUCUGCGGCGGGAUCUCGGACGCCGGGCUGCUGCACCUGUCGCACAUGAGCAGCCUGCGCGUGCUCAACCUGCGCUCUUGCGACAACAUCAGCGACACGGGCAUCAUGCACCUGGCCAUGGGCAGCCUGCGCCUCUCCGGCCUGGACGUCUCCUUCUGCGACAAGGUGGGCGACCAGAGCCUGGCCUACAUCGCCCAGGGCCUGGACGGCCUGCGCUCGCUCUCGCUCUGCUCCUGCCACAUCAGCGACGAGGGCAUCAACCGCAUGGUGCGGCAGAUGCACGGCCUGCGCACCCUCAACAUCGGCCAGUGCGUCCGCAUCACCGACAAGGGCCUGGAGCUCAUCGCCGAGCACCUCGGCCAGCUCACCGGCAUCGACCUCUACGGCUGUACCCGCAUCACCAAGCGGGGCCUGGAGCGCAUCACGCAGCUGCCCUGCCUCAAGGUGCUCAACCUGGGACUCUGGCAAAUGACGGAGAGCGAGAAGGUCAGGUGAGAGGAGGGGAGAGGUGGAGGCCCCGUCCCACCCCUCCGAAGGGACCUGCCAAGCGGGCUGCUGCAGCAGAAGGAAGGAAGAGCCAGAUCAAGGAAGGAGGAGGUGCCUCCAGAUACUAAAACUUGGGCAUGAGCAAACUCUGGCCCUGCAGGUGUUUAGGACUUCAACUCCCACCAUUCCUAACAGCCUCAGGCCC